AUGAACUUCAACGUCUGGAACAUCAAGGAGAUGCUGAGCACACCGACAGCCCUCGGGCCUAAUAAGUUUUCCAUGCGGAGCAGCACUGCCAGUGACUACUCGAGUCUGAGUGAUUCUCAGCUCCUCUUUGGCUCCCAGUUCUGCCCGGAGAAUGUGCAGUCGGCAGCAGCACCACUGGAGCUGGGCACGCAGCUGGGACAGCAGAACUCCCAGGAUAGCGAGCCCAGUAUUUUUACCAAAUAUCAGACAAAACCACAGUUAUUUGAUGAAGAAACAAGAGAAAAAGGUUCUCUUAAUUUUGGUACAGGAAGAGUGAAAAAUGUCUUGGAAAAUUUUGAAGUGAAUAAGAACAAAAUAAAGGAUAAAUAUGACCGUGAAACCCUAAGCUCCUUUAUUUCCAGCAUCAAAGACAGGCUUCAAGAGCUGAAAGUGUGCUUUGAAAAGUUUGAAGAAAUGCUUGAUUCCAAACUCAAAUCCAGUUUGGUUUGCCAAGAAACCCUUUCCAAGUCAUUGGAAGAUGCUCUUCAAAGUCACUCUAGCUUGAUGCUGAAAGCUUUGACAGAUAAAAGUCAAAUGGAGCAGGCACUGCUGGAGAUGGAGAGGAGACUUGCAGCCAAAGAUAUGGAGAUUUUGGAUAUGAAAUCCAGUAUCCAACUGCUGAAGGAAAGUGUGGAGUCACUGCCAGCCCAGCUGAAAAACCAGCUCCUGGAAGUGUAUAAAGACCUUGGCUUCCCAAAGCUAUGUAAUAGCUCAGCUGAGCAGCAUACACUUGUGUCUAGUGCCAGCCUGCCCCCUCAAAUGAUAGAUAAGUCUUUCCAGACCUACCCUGAGCUGUGCCAGCACUGUGUCCUAAGUAAGGAGCACACACACAUGCCAUGCUGCCCAGGCAGGGGAGUUUGCAGCUGCUCAGGCUGGUCUCAUUUCCCCUGUGUGACAGCGGGGCAGCAACAGGAAGACUCUCCUGGAAGGAACCAGGUCACUGGAGAUAGCACAUCUAACCUAAACUCAGCCUCAGGAGACAAAGCCAGCCCCAUUGCUACAGCAGCCUGUGGCAGAGAUAACACCUUUCAUCAGGAGGUGAAAUGUAGUUUGGAGACACAGAGCUGUGCUGACCAUCCUUGCAUGUGCUGGGCUGGCAGACACUUUUUGGGGAAUAGUCAGAAGAAACAAAAUGCUGUACCACUGGAAGUGCCUCUACCAACCCCACUGAGGAAGGCAUUCAGGAGAGACACUCGGGGGUUUAAACCCCUGAGACCAUCACAGCAGCAGCAGCCACAAGUUUGCCACCAUUCUGCACAGAAAGCUACACCUAGGCAAAGACACGGCAACUGGUUCACAGACCACAAGGUGGAGAAGGCAGCUGUAGGGAACAAAACAAAACAGAGUCCAGGAAGGAUGUCCUGGAAAAAAGAAAUAGGGAGAAAGAAAACCUGCUCCACUAAGAGGAAAGGCGAACACUCUGGAUGUGCUGACGGUGGGCUGAAGCAGAGGAAGGCAAAUGGGAUUAUUGACUUGGAAAGCUGCAGAAAAAAAUCCCUUCCCAGAUACUUGGUUGAUCUCAAUUCAGAAAACUCUGACCUGGUUUUUGCAGCUCCUCAUCAGCAGAUCCUCAAUAGUGCUCAGCUGGGGCUUACAAAGAGUUUCUCACCAGUGCCACGCUCUGAUAAAAGCCUGCAACAACUUGCAAGCAGAAGAAAGAGAAGUCCUGAAACUAAAAAUACAAUUAAUGUUUCCAGUGUAAAAAGGUAUCUCUUGAAUUCCUCUCCUGAGGAUGAUGUAGUUUCCCUGUGUAGCACAAAGGGUGUAAAGCAAAUGAGCUGCUUCAGCCUCCAAAGCCCCUCAAGCUCCAAGAAACCGCAUCCUGUCAAUCCACUGGCUCAGCAGAACACAGACUGUUGCUCUUUACUGUUUGAUUGUGAUUCUUCUGAUUGAAGGGGUUUGUUUCAUGCUUGGAGCCCUUAGUGCAGGAUGAACAUUUCAGUUGCAGUUUAUUCCUCUAAGUGUGUUACCUGCUUAGUCAGAGGCAAGACUCUGACUGGAUGCUUGAAAAUGCUAUUGCCCAGUUUGAGGUAUUGUAAGGGACUAUGUGGGGUCUAAGCAGGGCUCUUCCCUGGCUUGGAAAGCUGAAGGAUUUGUAUUGCUUUACUUCCCUGCUCCCAGCAGAGAUGCCAUGGGCUUGAGUUACCUUAGCAUUUACACAGCAAUGAAGUACCUGACAUUCCCACGGAGGAGAGGGCUGGCAGAGCAGAGGGUCAGCUCAGUCAGAUUUGAGAUCUAUUGGAAACUCUUCAGCUAGGUCUAUAUAAUGCUAUCUCUGUGGCCAGAGGCUUCACUCUGCUUCUUACUUGUAGUAUUUGUGUUGGUUUGUUCUGUGAAAGUUCAGGAUUUUAGUAGAGUAGUGUUGUUCUAGUUGAUUUCCGUCAGGUUCAGAUUUGUCUCAGAAGUUGUUUGUGAACUUUGGGCAGGGACAGGUUUAACUGAGGAAAACCAAACCCCAGAAUCUCAGGAUCAUCCACUAUUGUAUCUCUUCUCCUUACAGGCUUAAAUUCCUCGGUUUCAGAGAUUCCAGGACAUUAUUUUGUUUCUACUUUAUUUGUCUUUUGUAUCUCUUGGCUGAUUAAGUAAUUCUCCAACAUACCCUUUUCAAGGGCAGUGGUUCUGAGAGACCAAAGAUAGGACAGGUAGAUCCAGCAGAUAAGAUGUUAGACAGUCCCAAUUCUCACAGAGUAACUCUUUUCAGGGUACCCAGCUGUGACUGUGGGCAGCUCCCACUGCUUCGGGCAUUUGUGUCACGUUUGAUUUUUGAUCUGAAAUAUUACCAGCAAAAGAAACAUUUUGGUGUUGACGAAACCGUAUUGCCACAAAUCGAAUUAUCCAGCUUUGUCAUUCCAAGGAAAAUUGCUGGGAUCCCUUUUUCUGGCUUUAAUAAACUCACGUUCACCAAAGCCCAGUGUCUCUAUGUUGUUGGUUUUUUUGGUGGGGAGAGACAGAGUCCUCUCUAUUCCAGCAGGAGAACAGGCAGCUGCUCUUUAGCUGUUUAACUUCCCUGGAUUGUGGAACUGGGAGGAUCCUUUUUUUAGCUCCUCUCUAGUGUUUAAAGACGGAAACCUUCACCCUUCUGAUUUAACAUUGGUCCAGUGAUGUUAAUCAACAAGGAGAAAGUGGAGGGUGGUAGUCAGAGAUGGGGAGCCUCCAGAGCCUCGGGACACCCCUGUCAGCAGAGGUGAUUGGUGAUGGCUGCCAGCAGCAAUGGCUGUUUGUUUUGUUUCACAUUGCCCUUGUGUACCUGCCUCCCCAGCAGCCCCAGCACGGCCUUCACUGGGCAAAACCUGCUUGGUGGGCUUGCCACCCUGUGCACUUUGGGAUUGGCAAGGACGGGUGCAGGUCUCUGUGCAGCCCCUGGUCUGGAUGCAGAGAGCUUGGCAGCACAUGGCUGAGCUUGGAGGGACCUCUGGAGGUGUCUGCUGCAAGCCCCUGUGCAGAGGCAGAGCAGGGACUGGCUCCUUGGCAAGCCGAGAUGGAGCCUCAGUGCCGUGGGGUGCAAUGCAGGGCCACCCUGGGGAUCCCUGCAGCUCCUUGCCACACGCACACAUUGGAACACAGUGCAAAACAAAAUCCCUGGAGAUGGAGGUGUAACAGCAAGAGCAGCCGGCAAUGCCUCCCCCUGCAUAGGAAAACUUCCCUGGUGAAUGGGAUGAAGCCCCAGGGUGCCACCCUGGUCCCCACAGUCCCCCUGCCUAUUUCCACUCAGGGUCCUCCAGGGUUUUAGCUGCCAACAAGAGCAUUUGACCCAAUAUGGCUGUGACGAUGGCAGCUCCUCUCCCAGCCUUGCUGGAUAAAAAUGGAAGCAUGCAUGCUGUAUGGCAGCAGAUUUCCCAGACACUCUGCUUGCACCCUGGUGGAGCUGGUCCUGCCUCCCAGCCUGUACUCCCAGCUCACUGUCACUGGCUCCUUGCUGGAUCAGCCAUACCCCAGGUAAGCGUGGUUUCUCCUGGCCUUUGCCUCCAUGGAGCUACCAGUACCGAUGUUUGUAGGGGUCUUGCCCCACCUUUCAACCAGGGAGUGGUUGCAAGCACAGCCAAGAAGAAGUGUGGAGGGCACAGGGCAGAACCAUAAAACACAUACAGUGGUCAGGAAAAAAAGAUAAGUUGCGUUCCAGUCUGUCAGGGCAUUUAAUCAGGGCAACUUUCUCUGAAACUCUGAACCUGGAGUUUUGGAGCUUUCUUGGGGGAGAACCCAGGAGAAUGAGGAAAACAGUGAUCAAAAGCCUGUGACACCCAGGUGGCCACAGGCACAGGGGUUGAGAGAACUGGCUGUAUCCUCCACCCAGCAUCCCCAGCUGAGCAGCGGCAGGCAGGUGGCUGCUGCAGCAGCACAGAGUAGAGGGCUCAGCAUUUCAUCUGCCAGUGAGUCACUUGGCAGAGGAGGAAACCUCUGACAGCACCGAGGAUGUGGAGGUGGCUGCUGUGCUCCUGCCUUGUGCUAAAGGUGCUUUAGAUCCUGCUCUCUUCCCAUAAUCCCACUGCACACUCAGCACUGCAGCUGCACCUUCCUCAGCAUGAGACCAUCCAGCCGUGGUGGUGCCCAGUGCUGGCAGUGCGUGGUGUGGUGCAGGAUCACUUUGCACUCUCCCCUUGUGCGGCCUCCCCAGCACUAAUCCUCAGACUAGCUGCCUGCCCCGCCUGCUUUCUGGGGCCCAGGGUGCCGGCAUUGCCCAGAUUCUUGGACCCUGUGCUCAACUGGCUGCCACAGCCCCCUGACCCCACAGAAGAGUGUGGAUUAGGGACCAGAAAUGCCUCAUGCACUGGUGGUGAACACAUUGCCCCGAGAAUGGAGAGGUGGCAGGGAGCAGGCAUGGGGCACUGUGUGCUACUGCCAGCACACAGGUGCUGCCAUGGGGACCUGAGGUGUCACAUGUCCCUGCUGGCCUGACGAGAGAAGAGCGAUGGUGUGGCAGGACUUCACCGAGGCUUCGGCGGCUCAAGCACUGCUGAGGUGCAGGCAGGGAGCUGGAGUGCAGGUGUCACCAUGCAAGACAUGGUCCUAAGCUGAUGUGACUUUUUGACGCCAUGGCCGUACCAUUGCCAGCUCAAGCCCUGGCAGGGUGGGCAGUUCUCCAGCCGGACAAUUAAGUAGAUUAACUGAUUACCUGAACCUUGGCAGGGUCCCACAGCCCACUGGCUACCAGGGUGCUGCAUAUCCGUGUCGGGCAGCUGGGAGACAAGCGUGGGGCAGGUGUGGGGUAGAGGCCCCCCAGACCUUCCUCGGGACCCUGUUAGUGGGUCCGACUGCCCCCUCCCCCCUCCUACCCCUGGGGGCCGCGGGACCAGCCUCGGACACAGCCCGCUGGUACCGCGCUGCUCGCUCCGGGCAGUCCUGACUGCCCCGCGAGCGGCAUCCCCCCUCCGCCGCCCCGCCGUGUCCUGGCCCCCGAGAACCUGCCCUGGCGCCCCUCCGGAGUCCACGUCCCGGAGGAUCUGCGCCACGGGGAUCCCG